AUGAAUUUUAGAAAACUAUUAAAGGCGUACGAAUUUGAGUGGCAGAAUGUACGAUCUCCAAUAAAUAUUGAUAGUACGAUCAAUGAAGAAUUAGGUUCGUUUCAUUCACAAAAAAGUCACCAUGGACGUGUUGUUGGGGGUAAUGAGGUAAUACCUCACAAAUAUCCAUAUCAAGCAGGAAUUUUACUAAAACUUGGUGAGCGAACAGGUUUUUGUGGAGGUUCUCUUAUUUCAAAACGCUGUGUUUUAACUGCUGCUCAUUGUGCUCAAGGAGUUUCAAAUUUUACUGUAAUUCUUGGUGCACAUAACAUUGAGAAAAACGAACCGACUCAACAAAUUUUUUAUACAACGGAAAAAAUUGUUCAUCCUAAAUGGUUGAACAAUGGAAAACAAUUUAAGAUGACUAAUGAUAUUGCUUUAAUUUUUUUACCAAAAGAUGCCGAACUAAACGAAAAUGUACAAGUUAUUCGAUUACCAGCUAGAUCACAAGUGAAUGAAAAAUUCGUUUCAGUUGAAGCCACAGUUACUGGAUGGGGAAAGAGCACAGAUGCUACCACGAAUCCAGUGACCCCAGUAUUAAGAGAAACUUCCAAUGAAAUUAUUUCAAAUGAAAGGUGUAACGGACCCAUGUUAGGAGUAAUUGAAGACAGUCAACUAUGCUUAUCGGGAAAAAAUGGUCGUGGAUCUUGCAUGGGAGAUAGUGGUGGACCAUUGGUAAUAACCGAAGAUGAUGGUAACUUUACACAGAUUGGAGUGAUUUCAUUUGGUAUGAGUAUUGGUUGUGAAAAAAAUUUACCUACAGCAUAUACAAGACUUACAUCGUUCUUAGAUUUUAUUAGAAACAAUAGCGAUGUAGAGAUUAGAGACAAGUAA